AUCAGAGAGGAAGAGACGAAGCCUCUCAAUAUAUACAGUAGACCCUCUUUGGACCCCAGGACACACCUCGCCCUCACUACAACUACCAGAAUUCAAUGCGUACAUUAACAAGAGGCUCGAGACUGUUUGGGUUGCACGACUGAACAAAGUGAAUCGGAUUUAUUGUUUAUUAUUCUGGCGUCUAGAAGCCCAACAAGAAAAAUGGCAGGAAAUGGUUUUGGAAGAAUGAUUGGCAGCAGUCUUUGCACCUGAUGGUGAUACCAUCAUGCUAUCUCUUCACUUCACCUUCCUGUAGAUUGUUGCCAUGGAGCCCAGCGGAGGAAAUGAGCCAGUGAGUGAUACAAAGCAUUUGUCUGCUGGCUGUGAGCAGACGGCCAUGGGUGACCAGGAUUCACAGACUGAGGUGAAGCCUCCAUCUGACACAUUUGAUGCUGUACCCCCUGAGCAUCAGCCAUCAGGGAAACUGAGGAGGACUGCCUUAAGAUUCUUUGGAGGACGUAAAAGCAUCUGUGUUUUACCCAACUUCUUUGGGGGGAGGAAAAAAAAUCUGAACAAGUGGUCCUCUAAGAAGGGAGUCAGCAAGAGUAAAACUCAUGAUGGACUUAGCAAGGCAGACUGGGAGGACAGUCCGGGAAUUGAAUAUGUCCCAGCAGGAUAUUUUGAGUACCACAGCCAGAAAGAUCCUGCUGGAAAGACUUGUAGUGUAUUUGGUCACCCUACUGGUGAUCAGAAGUCAUUCUCUCUCCCCCCGCAGAAAAAGGGUUUGAGGGGACUUUUUAACAGCAUCAGACGUCAUAGAAAGAAUAGAAAUUGUGAUUUUGAAAAAAAUGUCUGCAACAAAGAGGUGCCUAUUGACCAAAAUGACACUGAGUGCCUGGGCAGUUUGUCUGAAUCCAAUGUGCCUGUUUCGGCAAAUGUCGAAGAUUGUUUGACAAUUGCUCCUGAAUGUAUUAAUGUUGAUGUCAUAGUGUCUGAGAAAGACAUGGUGAAACAAGGGAGUCUGGAUUCUCUCAUAGGGGAACUGAUGAAAGGUGAGGAAAUGGUAAAGACUAACCUAGAGUCUACAGUGAACAUCCAGCUGCCUACUGGCUCAUCUCAGAUUAUCUUGAUUUUUGGUGAUGUGGCCUCUCUAAAGAGUUUUGACUCGCUCACUGGCUGUGGUGACAUAAUAGCUGAUCAAGACGACGACGGUAUUGCAGAUUCUCAGGGCACAGUCUCAGGGGAAAGGAGUCGAAAUGCAGGCAAAAGGAGUUCCUGUUAUGUUACCUACCAGGGUGGAGGAGAAGAAAUGGCCACCCCUGAUAAGGUGGACGGGAACUAUCUCCACGACCUCUGGGAAAAUGAGGCUGCAGAGGAUGUUUGCUAUACCCACAACCAGGAAGAAUACUUUCUAGAGCGCAGUGAAAGUCCUAGGAUGACACCUGAAGAGCCAUCUAGCUCCUAUACCAUGGACAUCAGCAGCAACAGCAAUGGUGCUCUUGGAGUUACAGAGACCACCCUUACAUCUUCGGAUGUCAUGACCCCACAGAGCGACCAUCAAGUGUCAGUUCCUAACAGCGAUGAGGGUUACUAUGACUCUACCACCCCAGGACAAGAUGAAGACGGACGUGAUAAAGUUGACCGGAUCAGGACCGAUAGACUACCAAGGGACAGUUACAGUGGCGAUGCGCUGUAUGAGCUUUUUGAGCCUGAUGACAGUCUUAUCAGUCCACCUUUUGAAAAAGCUAAGCUGCCUGUCUCUGAUCCACUUGAGUUUUUAGACAUACUAGCUCAGUGCAGUGAUGAAGAGGUAAAUGCUGUGUUUGCUCCUGAAACGGGUCUAAUUGAAGAAAGGCUAACUUUGAUCCAGCAGGAUCUUCUCUGUGCGGAGCUGCAAAGCAUGUGUAAACCUUCCAAAAAGCAGGCUCUAUUCACCAAAGGGACGAUCCACCAAGAUAAUAGCUUUAAAGAAAUAAUUUCUAAAGUGAACACAACUCAAGCCUAUAUAAAAGAGGACCAGGUCAAUCCAGAGGCUUUGAAAAAAAAAGGAAACAUGAUGCCACAUGGAUCACAUGCCUUAAAGGAAAGAAGCUUAGAAGCCUUUAAUGGUGGGAAUAGGGAGAAAAUGGUUGGCAACCCUAAAUUGUCAGAUGCAGCUUUUGGCACCCUUGCCUCAAAAACAUGUAAAUCACAAGAAAUUGACUCCGAGCAAAACAAGCCACAGUCCCCACAAUUAAGAGGAAAUCAUGAUGUAUCUAAAGAAACAAAGAAUGACUUGGAGGAUGACCAGACAGUUUGCUUCUCCCAAGCCCUAGUGGACUUUACAAAACAAUCACAUUUUAAUAGUAAUUCAACUGAAAUCAUGGGAGGCUCUGAGUCAGGCUCUCCCUUUGCCCAAAACAUGCAAGCCCUCCCUGCCAUUGUCACAUUUGAUGUCGUGGACAUGGAUAACGAGGGGGAAUAUGACCAGCAGAUGGAUAUGGUAAUAGCGGAGGAAGACAUCACAUCGCCUUACGAAGUGUUUGAAGAAAGCUACCUGCAAAAGGAUGCGUUUGCUGAAUGUGACUUACAAAUGUUUGACCUCUAUGAACAGAGUCUCCUCAGUAAUACUUGGAGAAUCACCAGCCUGCCACGUCACCUUAGCCUUACACAAGUCAAUCAGUCGAGUCCACUGGCUCCUCUGCAGAGUCCUCUGGCCUUAAAAAGGAAGAGUAGAUCCCUGGACACGGCGAGCUUGGCAUUAGAGAUGACUGACAUGUAUUUAGGGAGUGGGGCAGCACUAGCGUCUUGCCCUAGAACUGAAAGGGACUCAAAGAGAGUGUCCUCGCUUCACCGCAAAAAGAACGGACACAUUUCCACUUCAGAAAACAGGGAUAAUAGAAGCAUCAUGUUUCCGUCAUGGCAGCCAGCGACUGAGGGGACCGUAACGCACCCACCAGCAGAUGGGAAAAGAACAGAGCAGACGUACAGUCUCUAUCAAACCCAAAACAGACACAUGGUAUCAUUCCGUCAGCCUGUCAGUCGAGUCCCAAACUGUAAAUCUCAACAGAUCUCAGCUAGCAAAAUGACUGACAGAGUAUCCUGUAAUUAUAUCUCUCAGAUUACAGGACCGUUACAUAGGCCAUCUCAUCUUCCUUUGCAAUCAGAAUCCUGUCGGCCUCAUGCCCCCUAUGGGAGAUCAGUUAAGGCAUCAGAUGGUGGGGGUGAGACCCUUUUUUACACAUCGACCGUUGGCUCUCAUCCUUACAAUCAACACAAUAAGAUGAGGCCAGUGGGGAUCACCCAGGGAAUGCCUCAUCUUUGCUGUGAGUCUAGCAGUUCUGUAAGCAGGGCUCUGAACUAACUUUUAAAAUGUAGGAGCACCACCUAUAAUUUAGGAACACCAGAAAAUGUGAUUUAAAAAAUUGGUUAAGAUACAUUAUAGCCUAUAUGAGUUCUAGCUACUUCUGAAGCACAUGUUGUGCCCUAGAAACUAAUAUGAAACCCUGUAAAUACAUUUGUUUAUUAUGAAUACCUCUCACUGAAAUUAAAAAGGCAUUUGUGGAAUAUUAGAUUUCUACAUCAUGUAAAUUCACUAUUUUCCUAUUGAGAUGCAUUACAUUGAACGUUGUACACUAGCUCUUUAAGAGCGUCAAGUUUAUGAUGACAUGCAAGACGUCAUUCAUUCAUUGCUAUGAUCAUUGAUCUGCUUUCUUUCUGUGCCCCCAAAUGUUUGGAUAUUCUGGUAAAUUUACCAGGUUGUUAGCUAGCUAGCUAAUGAGGUGUAAAACAAAUGGGGUCCGCAAGUAGUUUUAGAACGUCCCACGACAUGGUUUAUGAAUGUAAAAUGCGGCCUCCCAAUCUGUUACAAAAACAAAACUAACGUUGCACUGACAAUAUGGGUCAGCUCUUUUGAACUGUUUGGGCUAAAAAAUAAUCAGUUUUUGCUGUAUUAAUGGUGCAAGCAUGACGCUAACGAAUCUGGGCUCGGGGAAACAAUGGUACAGCGAAGCCUUAUUACAACAAAUAUAAAAAUAAUAAAAAUAUGUUGUUGCACUGGUGCUCCCAAAUUAAAACUCCAGGUCGCACAGCAAAAUAUUUAGUCACAUAUGCGCACUUUAAAGCCCUGCCUGUAAGGCCAUUGGACUAUGAGCAGCAGACAGACUUCACCAGUAAAGGAAGAAAAACUGAAUAUGGUACGCCCUGUUGGAUGUAACAAACAUACGUCUGAAACAAAUCCCACAUGUAUUUUAUGAAACCUCUUCUAUGCUUAACAUAUACACUUAACAUGUAUCCCCCUUUUCAUACUAUGUGCCACCAAAGACACCAUCUACAGUCGUGGUCAAAAGUUUUGAGAAUUACACAAAUACUAAUUUUCACAAAGUCUGCUGCCUCAG